CAGAGGGCGGGAGCGCGCGCGAUUGGACGCCCGGUCACUAGAUACGUCACGUCAGCGCCGACAGUGUUUUCUGAGUUUUUCUUCGUGACGUAGUUCACAUAAAAAGUGUUUUAAUUUAAAACAAACUUUCAAGAACUGCAAUUUUAUACAGUUAAGACUAAUUGACUUUGUUAUUUACUAUAAGAAUUUACACCUAAAAGAAGAUGUUUUGCGUAUCCUGGAACACAUCGAUAUUUGACACAGAAGUCUUAAAUCGCAGAUAGAUAUAAAAACCAUGGUCUAUGACCACACGUAGAAUUAAACACUCAUCAUUAUUUCUAUUAUCUCUUCCUCAAUCGCUUCCCCUGCUCUUUUAAUUACAAAUCUUUUAUAUAGGAAAUAAAUAUACCUACUAAAUAAUAAAGCACAUAAUAAAUCAAUAACAUAUCUUAGCGACAAUAUACUAAAAUAACGUAAAACAUAUUUUUAAUAUUAACUCAGAUUUUAAAGGAUAAUAAGAAAAAUAUAUUUAGGGAGUUUAAAGUAUUCAUAUCAAGUGAAGCCUUAGUGAGCAAGGAGGUAUAUACAGCUAAAGUAAUAUCGUGCCAAAGAGAGUAGUACAAGCUUGAAGAUGUCUCACGGCGUGGUGCAGAAAAGCGAGAAGAACGGCAACGGUGCGCAGGCGCAGGAUUCGUCGCGCGACAGCACGGACAGCCCGCCGCCGCCCCCCGAUGGGGGAUGGGGGUGGAUGGUCGUCUUCGCUUCGUUCAUGAUCCAUAUUGUCACCGAUGGCAUGACCUAUUCGUUCGGCGUGUUCUAUGCAGAGUUCCUGACCUACUUCGAUGAGGGCAAAGGCAAGACUGCGUGGAUCGUGUCUAUCCUCGUAGGGGUCACACUUAGUUCGGGUCCUAUAUCAAGUUCGUUGGUGAACCGCUGGGGAUGUCGCGCGGUGACGGUGGGCGGAGCACUGCUCGCGUCUGUGUGCGUGGUGCUGUCGGCCUUCGCGAACAACGUGCUCACGCUCAUCUUCACCAUCGGCGUCGGCACCGGCUUCGGCUUCGGCCUCAUCUACCUCCCCGCCAUCGUCAGCGUUACAGUAUGGUUCGAACGCUACAGAAGUCUUGCCACUGGAAUCGCAGUUUGCGGAUCAGGACUUGGGACAUUCUUAUUUGCUCCAAUCACAUCAGCUUUAAUAGAAAACUAUGGCUGGCGCGGUGCUAUGGCUAUCAUCGGUGCCUUAAUACUGAACUGUGUGCCAUUAGGUCUUAUAUUUAAACCCGUUCCCGAGCCCCCACGAACACCCGCAUCAGAACCCAUGUUACCUAAAUAUAAUAAUAAGUCUCCACUAAAAAGAUCUCAAAGUACAGAACACGUCCUCAGAGUUAAUGGUAAGGUGGACGACAAUGAUAUCGCAAGACUGACGCUGUCACAGCCCGCUUUAAACAAACCACAUGAACAGAAGCCACCGCACUCGCGCCACGGAAGCGGCAUCAUGCAAAGGCCAGACGUCUUGUAUCAAGGCAGUAUGACGAGUCUUGCCAGAUUUAGGUCUACGUCUCCUGAGAGAACAUUCCCUACAUCUGUCACGAAAGAAGAGCCUGAAGUGAAAUGUGGCUGGUUGCCUUGCUCAACAGAAUUUAAAGCAGCCCUCGGAGAAAUGCUUGACCUGUCACUUCUAGUGGACCCUAUUUUCAUUUUAUUCGCUAUAUCAAACUUUUUGACUAGUAUCGGUUUUUACAUACCGUACGUUUACACAGUACCUAUGAGUGAAUCGCUUGGAAUUGAGAAUCCACCAUACCUGAUAUCUAUAAUCGGAGGAUCCAAUUUAGUUGGGAGAAUAAUUCUUGGUUACAUAAGUGAUAAGCCUUGGGUUAACCGCUUGCUGGCUUAUAAUCUGUGCCUUACUAUCGCAGGAUUUGGCACGGCAAUGGCGAUGGCCUGCUGGGAAUUUUGGGGUCUAGCUUUAUACGCUACUACAUUUGGUUUUACCAUCGGCGCCUAUGUAGGGCUUACUUCAGUCGUACUCGUUGAUCUUCUGGGGAUCGAAAAGCUCACCAACGCUUUUGGUCUCCUUCUGCUAUUUCAAGGAAUUGCUUCUCUUAUAGGACCGCCAUUUGCAGGUUGGUUGUACGACACGCUCCACUCGUACGCGCCAGGCUUUUACGUAGCUGGCGGCACGAUAUCGCUGAGCGGGCUGAUUCUGUUCCUGAUCCCGGUGAUCGAGCGGCGACAGAAGCGGCAGUGGGAGGCGACGGCGCUGGAGCAGAUCUAGCGCAGCGCGGGCGCAACGCGCGCCUGCCCCGCCAUCGUGCUCAGCAGUCCCUCCACGCGCAGCGCCUCCACCUACAGCAACAGGGUAUACAACACUACAAUAAUAGAUGACGACAAUUAUUAUUAUGUAAAUGAGGACUUUGUAAAUAGCGAUGCGAUGGAUGAAUGCGACGAACGACUCGAUGACGAACAUCGAGCCCAUUCCAGAGGAAGUGUUGAGUGUGCGUGCGACGUUUGUCUAAAUAGUGAUAAGAUGAAAGGUGCAAUAUAAAUCUUACUUUCAACUUUAUACCGAUUUGAUUUAUUUAAAACUAUAUAAUAACAUGAAGUGCCGCUAUAAUAAGUUUCCUAUGAACUGCAAUCUAUCGAUUUAAUUAGUUUUAAGUAGUAAGGUGUAUAAUAAAUAUAUCUAUGUAUAAUACAAAUACUUAUUGUAUCGGAAUUACUGUAAAAAUGUUCAUAGCAGACCUAAUUUUUGUGAAGGACGAUGUCAAAAGCAACUUGGCUGUAAUUUGGCUCUAUCAAUGGACAAUUUGGAAUAAUAAAGUUUCUUGCCAAUUAAGUGUUGACUAGUCGUGGUGUAUCGUGUGCGUGUAAGUUAACUCCAUAAUACAGGCCUUACUGUGGACCAAUCGUGGGUAGAGUGUGAUGUCAUCAAAAGUACCUAGUAAAGGCAUAUUGCGCUUUUUGUAUAUGUAUUUAGAAAUUAAUCAACUUCAUAAUACGACGGCUGUUUCGUUCCCUUCAUAGGCUACUGUUAUUUUUCUUUAAGUAGUGAUAAUUUCCACGUUGUGUUCAGCAGUAGAUAUAAUUUGUUGUUUAGGACUAGAUUGAAUUGAAUUUCUUCCUUCACUAAAAUAUACAUGUAAUGUACAUUUCGACUGAAUUAGGUAACCAUACGAUGUAUCAUACUAUGUAACUGGACUGCGCUGAUAUUCUUCGUACAAAUCUUUUCUCUUUGUAUUAUAUUGUUGGCAAUCUUGUAAUCGUAUUUAAUACGGUUUCAUACAUUAUUUAAUGUUACUAUUAUGUAUACUAUACAUAAAUAUCUAAUAUAAUAAAAUAUAUAAACUGUG